GGCGGCAUUCCUGGGAGGCCGGCGCUCUGACGUGGAGCGGGGGGCCGCGGGCGAGCCGCUGGCGAGGGAGGUGGGGGCGGCGGCCCCGGGGGCUUCUUAAACCCCCCGGCCCGGCCUGGCCUGCACUUCGCCAGUACCGCUCUGCCCCCGGAGGGAGAGACGGAGAAAGAGGGAGAGAGAGGCCGAGCAGCCCGAGUCCUCGCCAAAGUCCCCCAUCAAGCCAGGUCGUCCGAGAACUUGGAGAGAUCCGCAGCGCCGGACAGAGCCCAGACGACACCCGCACCGCGCGCCCCGACGACAGCGCCCCGCGCAGCAGCCAGCAUGAUGAACAACAGCGGCUACGCAGACCCCGCCGGCUUCGGCCUGGGCGACGAGGCGGACGAGAUGCCGUCCACCGAGAAGGACCUAGCGGAGGACGCGCCGUGGAAAAAGAUCCAGCAGAACACUUUCACGCGCUGGUGCAACGAGCACCUCAAGUGUGUGGGCAAGCGGCUCACCGACUUGCAGCGCGACCUCAGCGACGGGCUGCGGCUCAUCGCGCUGCUGGAGGUGCUCAGCCAGAAGCGCAUGUACCGCAAGUUCCACCCGCGCCCCAAUUUCCGCCAGAUGAAGCUGGAGAACGUGUCCGUGGCCCUCGAGUUCCUGGAGCGCGAGCACAUCAAGCUCGUGUCCAUCGACAGCAAGGCCAUCGUGGAUGGAAACCUGAAGCUCAUUCUGGGGCUCAUCUGGACCUUGAUCCUGCACUACUCCAUCUCCAUGCCCAUGUGGGAGGAUGAGGACGACGAGGACGCCCGCAAGCAGACACCCAAGCAGCGCCUGCUGGGCUGGAUUCAGAACAAGGUGCCGCAGCUGCCCAUCACCAACUUCAACCGAGACUGGCAGGACGGCAAAGCCCUGGGCGCCUUAGUGGACAACUGCGCUCCUGGUCUCUGCCCGGACUGGGAGGCCUGGGACCCCAACCAGCCCGUGCAGAACGCCCGGGAAGCUAUGCAGCAGGCUGACGACUGGCUCGGAGUACCCCAGGUGAUUGCCCCUGAGGAGAUUGUGGACCCCAACGUGGAUGAGCACUCUGUCAUGACCUACCUGUCCCAGUUCCCCAAAGCCAAGCUCAAACCUGGGGCCCCUAUCCGCUCCAAGCAGCUGAACCCCAAGAAGGCCAUCGCCUAUGGGCCUGGCAUCGAGCCCCAGGGCAACACUGUACUGCAGCCCGCCCACUUCACCGUGCAAACCGUGGAUGCUGGCUUAGGCGAGGUGCUAGUCUACAUCGAGGACCCAGAGGGUCACACGGAGGAGGCCAAGGUGGUUCCCAAUAAUGACAAAGACCGCACCUAUGCUGUCUCCUAUGUGCCCAAGGUCGCUGGGUUGCACAAGGUGACUGUCCUCUUUGCUGGCCAGAACAUUGAGCGCAGCCCCUUCGAGGUAAAUGUGGCCAUGGCCCUAGGGGAUGCCAACAAGGUCUCGGCCCAUGGCCCUGGCCUGGAACCUGUGGGCAACGUGGCCAACAAGCCCACCUACUUCGACAUCUACACCGCAGGGGCGGGCACAGGUGAUGUCGCCGUGGUGAUCGUGGACCCCCAGGGCCGGCGGGACACUGUGGAAGUGGCCCUGGAGGACAAGGGCGACAGCACGUUUCGCUGCACCUACAGGCCAGUGAUGGAGGGGCCGCACACGGUGCACGUGGCCUUUGCCGGUGCACCCAUCACCCGCAGCCCUUUCCCCGUCCACGUGGCAGAAGCCUGUAAUCCUAACGCCUGCCGGGCUACUGGGCGGGGCCUGCAGCCUAAGGGUGUACGCGUGAAAGAGGUGGCAGACUUCAAGGUGUUCACCAAGGGUGCUGGCAGCGGAGAGCUCAAGGUCACAGUCAAGGGGCCAAAGGGUACAGAGGAGCCGGUCAAAGUGCGGGAGGCCGGGGACGGUGUGUUUGAGUGCGAAUACUACCCUGUGGUACCCGGAAAGUAUGUAGUGACCAUCACAUGGGGCGGCUAUGCCAUCCCCCGCAGCCCCUUUGAAGUCCAGGUGAGCCCUGAGGCAGGGAUGCAGAAGGUUCGGGCCUGGGGGCCUGGUUUGGAGACUGGCCAGGUGGGCAAGUCGGCCGACUUCGUGGUGGAGGCCAUUGGUACAGAGGUGGGGACACUGGGCUUCUCCAUUGAGGGGCCAUCACAAGCCAAGAUUGAGUGUGAUGACAAGGGGGACGGCUCCUGUGAUGUGCGGUACUGGCCCACGGAGCCCGGGGAGUACGCCGUGCAUGUCAUCUGUGACGAUGAAGACAUCCGUGACUCGCCCUUCAUCGCCCACAUCCGGCCAGCCCCACCUGACUGCUUUCCGGACAAGGUGAAGGCCUUUGGCCCUGGCCUGGAGCCCACUGGCUGCAUCGUGGAUAAGCCUGCCGAGUUCACUAUCGAUGCCCGCGCCGCUGGCAAGGGAGACCUGAAGCUUUAUGCCCAGGACGCCGACGGCUGCCCCAUUGACAUCAAGGUGAUCCCCAACGGCGACGGCACCUUCCGCUGCUCCUACGUGCCCACCAAGCCCAUCAAGCACACCAUCAUCAUCUCCUGGGGCGGCGUCAACGUGCCCAAGAGCCCCUUCCGGGUGAACGUGGGAGAGGGUAGUCACCCGGAACGGGUGAAGGUGUACGGCCCCGGUGUGGAGAAGACUGGCCUCAAGGCCAAUGAGCCCACUUACUUCACCGUGGACUGCAGCGAGGCUGGCCAAGGUGACGUGAGCAUUGGCAUCAAGUGCGCUCCCGGUGUGGUGGGCCCUGCAGAGGCUGACAUCGACUUUGAUAUCAUCAAGAACGACAAUGAUACCUUCACUGUCAAGUACACGCCCCCUGGGGCCGGCCACUACACCAUCAUGGUGCUGUUUGCCAACCAGGAGAUCCCUGCCAGCCCCUUUCACAUCAAGGUGGACCCAUCCCAUGAUGCCAGCAAGGUCAAGGCCGAGGGCCCUGGACUGAAUCGCACGGGUGUGGAAGUGGGCAAGCCCACUCACUUCACGGUGCUGACCAAGGGAGCUGGCAAGGCUAGGCUGGACGUGCACUUUGCUGGGUCAGCCAAGGGUGAGGCUGUGAAGGACUUUGAAAUCAUAGACAACCACGACUACUCCUAUACCGUCAAGUACACUGCUGUUCAGCAGGGCAACAUGGCAGUGACAGUGACCUAUGGUGGGGACCCUGUCCCCAAGAGCCCUUUUGUGGUGAACGUGGCACCUCCACUGGACCUCAGCAAAGUUAAAGUUCAAGGCCUCAACAGCAAGGUGGCUGUGGGACAGGAGCAGGCAUUCUCCGUGAACACACGCGGGGCUGGCGGUCAGGGCCAGCUGGAUGUGCGCAUGACAUCACCUUCCCGCCGACCCAUCCCCUGCAAGCUGGAGGCCGUGGGCGGUGCCGAAGCCCAGGCGGUGCGCUACAUGCCCCCUGAGGAGGGACCCUACAAGGUGGAUAUCACCUACGACGGCCACCCAGUGCCUGGCAGCCCCUUUGCUGUGGAAGGUGUCCUUCCCCCAGAUCCCUCUAAGGUCUGUGCUUACGGCCCUGGUCUCAAAGGAGGGCUGGUGGGCACCCCUGCCCCAUUCUCCAUCGACACCAAGGGCGCCGGCACAGGUGGCCUGGGGCUGACCGUGGAGGGUCCCUGCGAGGCCAAGAUCGAGUGCCAGGAUAAUGGCGACGGCUCGUGCGCCGUCAGCUACCUGCCCACAGAGCCCGGCGAGUACACCAUCAACAUUCUGUUUGCUGAGGCCCACAUCCCUGGCUCGCCUUUCAAGGCCACUGUACGGCCCGUGUUCGACCCCAGCAAGGUGCGGGCCAGUGGACCCGGCCUGGAGCGCGGCAAGGCGGGCGAGGCAGCCUCCUUCACCGUGGACUGCUCAGAGGCGGGGGACGCCGAGCUGACCAUCGAGAUCCUGUCGGACGCUGGGGUCAAGGCUGAGGUGCUGAUCCACAAUAACGCCGAUGGAACCUAUCACAUCACCUACAGCCCCGCCUUCCCUGGCACCUACACCAUCACCAUCAAGUAUGGGGGCCACCCCGUGCCCAAAUUCCCCACCCGCGUUCAUGUGCAGCCUGCCGUGGACACAAGCGGCGUCAAGGUCUCGGGGCCUGGAGUGGAGCCACACGGUGUCCUGCGGGAGGUGACCACCGAGUUCACCGUGGACGCAAGAUCCCUGACAGCCACGGGAGGCAACCACAUCACGGCACGAGUCCUCAACCCCUCGGGCGCUAAGACGGACACCUACCUGACAGACAACGGUGACGGCACCUACCGCGUGCAGUACACAGCUUAUGAGGAAGGUGUGCAUCUGGUGGAGGUCCUGUACGAUGACGUGCCCGUGCCCAGGAGCCCCUUCCGAGUGGGCGUGACAGAGGGCUGUGACCCCACCCGUGUGCGGGCCUUCGGGCCGGGUCUGGAGGGUGGCUUGGUUAACAAGGCCAACCGCUUCACGGUGGAGACCAGGGGCGCAGGCACCGGGGGCCUAGGUCUGGCCAUCGAGGGCCCCUCUGAAGCUAAGAUGUCCUGUAAGGACAACAAGGACGGGAGCUGCACUGUGGAGUACAUCCCCUUCACCCCAGGGGACUACGACGUCAACAUCACCUUUGGCGGGCGGCCCAUCCCAGGAAGCCCAUUCCGUGUCCCCGUGAAGGACGUGGUGGACCCUGGGAAGGUGAAGUGUUCAGGGCCGGGACUGGGAGCUGGUGUCCGGGCCCGGGUACCCCAGACCUUCACCGUGGACUGCAGUCAAGCUGGCCGGGCCCCCCUGCAGGUGGCGGUGCUGGGACCCACAGGUGUGGCUGAGCCUGUGGAGGUGCGUGACAAUGGGGAUGGCACCCACACUGUCCACUACACCCCUGCCACGGACGGACCCUACACGGUGGCCGUCAAGUACGCUGACCAGGAGGUACCACGCAGCCCCUUCAAGAUCAAGGUGCUGCCUGCCCACGAUGCCAGCAAGGUGCGGGCCAGCGGCCCUGGCCUCAACGCCUCUGGCAUCCCAGCCAGCCUGCCCGUGGAGUUCACCAUCGACGCCCGGGAUGCCGGGGAGGGGCUGCUCACUGUCCAGAUCCUGGACCCGGAGGGUAAGCCCAAGAAGGCCAACAUCCGGGACAACGGGGACGGCACCUACACUGUGUCCUACGUGCCGGACAUGAGCGGCCGCUACACCAUCACCAUCAAGUAUGGCGGUGAUGAGAUUCCCUACUCACCCUUCCGCAUUCACGCCCUGCCCACUGGGGAUGCCAGCAAGUGCCUUGUCACAGUGUCCAUUGGAGGCCACGGCCUGGGUGCCUGUCUGGGUCCCCGCAUCCAGAUUGGAGAGGAGACGGUGAUCACGGUGGACGCCAAGGCAGCAGGCAAGGGGAAGGUGACAUGCACGGUGUCCACCCCAGACGGGGCAGAGCUCGACGUGGACGUGGUGGAGAACCAUGAUGGUACCUUUGACAUCUACUAUACGGCGCCCGAGCCGGGCAAGUACGUCAUCACCAUCCGCUUCGGGGGCGAGCACAUCCCCAACAGCCCCUUCCACGUGCUGGCGUGUGAGCCCCUGCCGCCCGAGGAGGAACCUUCCCAGGUGCUGCCCCUGCGCCAGCCCGGCGCCCCUCCCCGGCCCGGCUCACACUGGGCCACGGAGGAGCCAGUGGUGCCUGUGGAACCCCUGGAAUCCAUGCUGAGGCCCUUCAACUUGGUCAUCCCCUUCACCGUGCAGAAAGGGGAGCUCACAGGGGAGGUGCUCAUGCCAUCCGGGAAAACAGCUCGGCCCAACAUCACCGACAACAAGGACGGCACCAUCACGGUGAGGUACGCGCCCACCGAGAAAGGCCUGCACCACAUGGGCAUCAAAUACGAUGGCAACCACAUUCCUGGGAGCCCCUUGCAGUUCUACGUGGAUGCCAUCAACAGCCGCCAUGUCAGUGCCUACGGGCCAGGUCUGAGCCACGGCACGGUCAACAAGCCAGCCACCUUCACUAUUGUCACCAAAGAUGCUGGGGAAGGGGGUCUGUCACUGGCCGUGGAAGGCCCCUCCAAGGCAGAGAUCACUUGUAAGGACAACAAGGACGGGACCUGCACCGUGUCCUACCUGCCCACAGCACCCGGGGACUACAGCAUCAUCGUACGCUUCGAUGACAAGCACAUCCCAGGCAGCCCCUUCACUGCCAAGAUCACAGGGGAUGACUCCAUGAGGACGUCCCAGCUGAAUGUGGGUACCUCCACGGAUGUGUCCCUGAAGAUCACGGAGAGCGACCUGAGCCAGCUGACUGCCAGCAUCCGGGCCCCCUCGGGCAAUGAGGAGCCCUGCCUGCUGAAGCGCCUGCCCAACCGGCACAUUGGAAUCUCCUUCACCCCCAAGGAGGUGGGGGAGCAUGUGGUGAGUGUGCGCAAGAGCGGCAAGCACGUCACCAACAGCCCCUUCAAGAUCCUGGUGGGGCCGUCGGAGAUCGGUGACGCCAGCAAGGUGCGCGUCUGGGGCAAGGGGCUCUCCGAGGGACAGACCUUCCAGGUGGCUGAGUUCGUCGUGGACACUCGGAAUGCUGGUUACGGAGGCUUGGGACUGAGUAUCGAAGGGCCCAGCAAGGUGGACAUCAACUGUGAGGACCUGGAGGAUGGCACGUGCAGAGUCACCUACUGUCCCACCGAGCCUGGCACGUACAUCAUCAACAUCAAGUUUGCUGACAAGCAUGUGCCAGGAAGCCCCUUCACAGUGAAGGUGACUGGCGAGGGCCGCAUGAAGGAGAGCAUCACGCGGCGCAGGCAGGCCCCGUCCAUUGCCACCAUCGGCAGCACCUGUGACCUCAACCUCAAGAUCCCAGGCAACUGGUUCCAGAUGGUGUCUGCCCAGGAGCGCCUGACGCGCACCUUCACACGCAGCAGCCACACAUACACUCGCACAGAGCGCACGGAGAUCAGCAAGACACGUGGUGGUGAAACAAAGCGCGAGGUGCGAGUGGAGGAGUCCACCCAGGUCGGCGGGGACCCCUUCCCCACCGUCUUCGGGGACUUCCUGGGCCGGGAGCGGCUGGGCUCCUUCGGCAGCAUCACACGGCAGCAGGAAGGUGAGGCCAGUUCUCAGGACAUGACCGCGCAAGUGACCAGCCCGUCGGGCAAGACGGAAGCUGCUGAAAUCGUCGAGGGGGAGGACAGCGCCUACAGCGUGCGCUUCGUGCCCCAGGAGAUGGGGCCCCACACGGUCACCGUCAAGUACCGUGGGCAGCAUGUGCCUGGCAGCCCCUUUCAGUUCACCGUAGGCCCCCUGGGUGAAGGUGGAGCCCACAAGGUGCGGGCCGGAGGCACAGGGCUAGAGCGAGGUGUGGCCGGUGUGCCAGCUGAGUUCAGCAUCUGGACCCGCGAGGCGGGCGCUGGGGGCUUAUCCAUCGCCGUGGAGGGCCCUAGCAAGGCGGAGAUCGCAUUUGAGGACCGCAAAGAUGGCUCCUGUGGCGUCUCCUAUGUGGUCCAGGAACCAGGUGACUACGAGGUCUCCAUCAAGUUCAACGAUGAACACAUCCCCGACAGCCCCUUCGUGGUGCCUGUGGCCUCCCUCUCGGAUGACGCUCGCCGUCUCACCGUCACCAGCCUCCAGGAAACAGGACUCAAGGUGAACCAGCCAGCAUCCUUCGCAGUGCAGCUGAAUGGUGCCCGGGGUGUGAUUGACGCCAGGGUGCAUACGCCCUCCGGGGCCGUGGAGGAGUGCUACGUGUCUGAGCUGGACAGUGACAAGCACACCAUCCGCUUCAUCCCCCAUGAGAAUGGCGUCCACUCCAUCGAUGUCAAGUUCAAUGGCGCCCACAUCCCUGGAAGUCCCUUCAAGAUCCGUGUUGGGGAGCAGAGUCAGGCCGGUGACCCAGGCCUGGUGUCAGCCUACGGUCCUGGCCUCGAGGGGGGCACCACCGGCGUGUCGUCAGAAUUCAUCGUGAACACCCUGAAUGCUGGCUCAGGAGCCUUAUCUGUGACCAUCGAUGGCCCCUCCAAGGUGCAGCUGGACUGUCGGGAGUGUCCCGAGGGCCACGUGGUCACGUACACUCCUAUGGCCCCUGGCAACUACCUCAUUGCCAUCAAGUAUGGUGGCCCCCAGCACAUCGUGGGCAGCCCCUUCAAGGCCAAGGUCACAGGUCCCCGGCUGUCUGGAGGCCACAGCCUUCACGAGACAUCCACAGUCCUGGUGGAGACCGUGACCAAGUCAUCGGCCAGCCGGGGCUCCAGCUCCAGCUCCAUCCCCAAGUUCUCCUCGGAUGCCAGCAAGGUGGUCACGCGGGGCCCUGGGCUGUCCCAGGCCUUCGUGGGCCAGAAAAACUGCUUCACCGUGGACUGCAGCAAAGCAGGCACCAACAUGAUGAUGGUGGGUGUGCACGGGCCCAAGACCCCCUGCGAGGAGGUGUAUGUGAAGCACAUGGGGAACCGGGUGUACAACGUCACCUACACUGUCAAGGAGAAAGGGGACUACAUCCUCAUUGUCAAAUGGGGCGAUGAGAGCGUGCCCGGAAGCCCCUUCAAGGUCAACGUGCCCUGAAUCCCGGAAGUGCCUCCCCCAGCCUCCGCCCCCUCCUCCGGCCAGACACACACACAUGCAUGCACACAGACACGCACGCAGACACAGA